AUGGAGUCCCUGACAUUUCACGAUGUGGCCGUGGACUUCACCUGGGAGGAGUGGCAGCUCCUGGACCCUGUUCAGAAGGACCUGUUCAGGGACAUGAUGCUGGAGAACUACAGCAACCUAGUGUCAUUGGGUUACGAAGCCAGCAAACCAGACACCCUCUCCAAGCUGGAUCACGGAGAACCACCGUGGACAAUGGCAGGUGAAAUCCACGGUCGAACCCGUUCAGAAAUCUGGAGACUUGAUCAGCUGCCAGAACACUUACAAAAUGAGAGCCUAGAACAAUGGCACAACUGUGAUUUUGAAAACACUAUCUAUCAGAGCACAGCCCAUUCUCUGUUAUAACAAAACCAUAUGUUUGACUCACAUGGCAAAAGUAUGAAAUCAACUUUAUCUUUACUUAAGCAGAGCAGAAGCUGUCAAACCAGGAUGCCCACUGAGCUUUCUGAAGAUGGGAAAUAUUUUCUCCAUACUAACAGUGAACAAAUUCAGGCUGAAAUAAAAUUCCACGAAAGCCGAAAACUCAGCAGCACUAAGUCCCAACGUAUCAAACAUCAGAAACCUCAGAAAAGAGAGAAGGCUCAUGUGUGCAGUGAAUGUGGGAAAGCCUUCAUGAAGAAGUCUUGGCUCACUGAUCAUCAGAUCAUUCAUACUGGUAAGAAGCCCCAUCAAUGUAGUGUGUGUGGGAAAGCCUUCUCCAGAAAGUUCAUGCUCACUGAGCACCAGAGAACACACACAGGAGAGAAACCUUAUGAAUGCUCUGAAUGUGGCAAAGACUUUCUCAAGAAAUCACUGCUCAAUAUACAUCAGAAAACAGAUACAGGAGAGAAACCCUUUAUAUGCAGUGACUGUGGGAAAGGCUUCACCCAGAAGGGCAAUCUCAUUGUACAUCAGCUAAUUCACACAGGUGAGAAACCCUAUAUAUGCAGUGAAUGUGGAAAAGGCUUCAUUCAGAAGACAUGCCUCAUAGCACAUCAGAGAUUUCACACAGGAAAGACGCCUUUUGUGUGUAGUGAGUGUGGAAAAUGCUGUUCCCAGAAAUCAGGUCUCAUUAAACAUCAGAGAAUUCACACAGGAGAGAAACCCUUUGAAUGCACUGACUAUGGAAAAGCCUUUACCACAAAGCAGAAGCUCAUUGUCCAUCAAAGAAUUCAUACAGGAGAGAGACCCUAUACCUGCAACGAGUGUGGGAAAGCUUUUGCCUACAUGUCUUGCCUUGUGAAACAUAAAAGAAUACACACAAGAGAAAAACAUGGUGAUUCAGUCAUAGUGGACAAUUCUCUCACAGAGUCCAGCUCAUCCCAGACCAGUGUUGUCCUGCAGGAGAAAAAUGCCGUUAAUGCGGUGACUAUGCAGGUGCCUUCUGUAGCCCCUCAGACAGCACUAAACAUCAGUGCCCUCCUAGCAAACGGGAAUGUGGUCAUUGUGGGCCAGCCUGUGGCCAGAUGUGCGCCCUCAGGAGGGUUUGCACAGGUCAGAAACCUUAUGAAUGCAGCGAGUGUGGUCUCGCCUUCAGUGAUCAAUUAUAUGUUGUUUUAUGUCACAGGAAACCAAUAGGAGACAUUCUAUGUGCAAAGAUUUGCUCAAAAAUAUCUAGUUCAGAUUAUUGGUGAAAAGUACAUCCUGAGAAAAAUUGUAUAAAUGCUGAAACUGGGAAGUCAUGAUAUUCUCAUCCUAUUAAAUGUAUGCAUUGACACUAAGGCAUACUCUGGUGUUAAC